AUGAUGGAGAGGAUAAGAAAAGAGAUGAUAUUGAUGGAGAGAGGUCUGCACAGUCCGGUCGCAGGGAAGAGGCUCUCAGACACGCCUGGAAAUUCAGUGCUGGAGGCCCUGGAAAACUCUCAGCACAGCGGACGGCUAAGCCCUAGAAUAACUUCGGCUUCUCUCCAUGGAAAUCUGGGGGACAUCCCAACGAAAAGCAAAUUUGAAAUUGACAGUCUUUUCGGCUCGCACCACAACAGUGAAAAUACCUCUUCAGCGGAAAUUUCUUCGUCAGAAAGCAGAAAGAAAAUGAGUCUUUACUCCGAAGUUUCUCCAGAUUCAGAUAUUAACAGCGAUGUGGAGGUGGGAUGCCCCUCGCAUCGCUCCCCGAGCCAGCACAAGGAAAACAACAAAGGUUUUUCAGACUCUGGAUCUUCCAACAUAAGCUCCAACUCCCUCCAGAAUAUGAACGGUAAUUUAUCUGGAGGAUCAAACAAUUCAAAUAGCGACCAAGUCAGAAGAUAUCGGACUGCUUUCACCAGGGAACAAAUCGGAAGACUGGAAAAAGAGUUUUACCGGGAAAAUUACGUUUCGAGACCGAGAAGAUGUGAAUUAGCCGCAGCACUGAAUCUGCCUGAGACUACCAUUAAGGUGUGGUUCCAGAACAGGCGGAUGAAGGAUAAAAGGCAGCGUCUGGCGAUGUCCUGGCCCCAUCCAGCAGACCCUAGUUUCUACACUUACAUGAUGACGCAUGCCGCAGCUACAGGAAGUCUACCUUACCCUUUCCACUCGCACAUGCCUCUACAUUACUACCCGCACGUCGGUGUCACGGCAGCAGCAGCCGCGGCCGCCGCCUCCAGUGCCGCGUCGUCACCUUUCGCCACUUCCAUGCGACCCCUCGACACCUUCCGAGCGCUCUCCCACCCCUACUCGCGACCGGAACUCCUGUGCAGCUUCAGGCACCCGGGACUUUACCAGUCACCUGCAGGCCUGAAUCCCUCCGCGGCAGCCUCAGCUGCAGCGGCGGCUGCAGCAGCGGCAGCGGCGGUGAGCGCGCCGUCAGCCGCCGGGCCCUGUUCGUGUCUGAGCUGCCACAGCAGCCAGGCCGCGAGCGCACUAGGCUCCAGGAGCGCCAGCGCUGACUUUACUUGCACAGCUUCCGGGCAAAGAUCCGAGAGUGGAUUUCUGCCGUAUUCUGCUGCUGUUCUCAGCAAGACCUCAGUCCCGUCACCAGACCAACGAGAAGAAACUUCACUGAACAGAUAA